AUUAGCCGAGUGGUCCGGGUCCGGCCGGAGAGACGGUGGCGCCGGCGCUGCUGCAAAGUCACGCCCUCCACUCCGGGGGUUGAAAGAGAGGAGAAAAAAAAUCUCACGGUUAAAGAAAACACGGCCCACUUUUGGUGUUGGUGGAUUCCAUGAAGGCGGCUCGGGUGGACGUACGUGAGCGUGGCCUACUCGGACACGGAGUACGGCCGGCACGGCUGGGAGAUGCUCAGCUCGCUGGCGGCCAACUACUCAGUGUGCUUCGCCUCGCCCGUGCACCGCAUCGACAAGCAGGACUUCACCGACGAGGAGGCCACCAACGUCGUGCUCAGCCUCAACAGCUCCGAGGCCAAGAUCGUCAUCGUGUUCUCCGAGAGCUUCCAGUCGUCGAUGGUGAGGCUGCUCCUCAAGGCCCGCGACCUGGACGUGCUCGAGCGCUUCACCUGGGUCUUCUCCGACCUGUGGACGGACAAGUUCAGCGAGCGGGCGGACCGAGGGUGGCAGGCCAAGCUGCUGGAGGGAUCCAUAUGCGUGCACCCCAUGUCGCGGCAGCUCUUCGGCUUCGACGAGUACUUCAUGUCGCUCAAGCUGGACCACCAGCAGGUCAACCCCUGGUGGACGGAGCUCUGGCGGUCCCACUUUGGCUGCCGGGACGAUGAGAGCACCAAGGGCCAGUGCGACAACCCUCGGGCCACGGUGCGGGACGUGCACGGCGCGGUGCCGAUGCGCCAGGCGCGCUACCUGCACUUCGUGCGCGACGCCAUCUGGGCCGUGGCGCAGGCGCUGACCGACCUGCAACGCGACCGGUGCGGCGGCGAGCCGGGCAUGUGCGCAGCCAUGUCGCACAUCCAGGGCACGGUGCUGCGCGACUACCUCGCCCGGGUGCAGUUCAACGACGUCAACAGGAACCGGUUCACGUUCCAAAACGGGCGCGACGGACCGCCAAGGUACUCGGUGCUCAACUACCAGCGCACCAUCGGCGCGGCCAGCAGCCCGGCCAGCGCCGCCGGGCCGCCGCGCUACGGCUGGGUCAGCGUCGGGGACUACACGAUGAACGAGGACGGUUCCGGCCCGCACCUCCACGUGGACAGCGCCAGCAUCCGGAGCCGCGCGGACGCGCCGCUACCGUCCUCCACCUGCACGCCGACCUGCAGAGCGGGCCAGAUAAAAACCAGGGCGCGCGACGCCUGCUGCUGGUACUGCCGCGGGUGCGGUGAGUUCCAGGUGCGGCAGAACGACUGGACGUGCGAGGACUGCCCCGCCGGGUCGCGGCCCACGCCCGACCACCUGCAGUGCCUGCUGGUGCCCGAGGAACACAUCGGCUACACGCACCCCUGGGCCAUCGCGGCCAUGGCCGUGGCCAGCUUCGGCCUGGUGGCCACGGUGCUGGUGUCCGCGGUGUUCUGGACGCACCGCAACACCCCCGUGAUCAAGGCCGCGGGCCGCGAGCUGUCGGCGCUGCUGCUGGUGGCCGAGCUGGCCUCGUACCUGGUCACGUUCGUCAUGGUGGCGCCGCCCACCAACGCCACGUGCGGGCUGACGCGCUUCGCCCUGGGAUUCUGCUUCACGCUGUCGUACGCCGCCGUGCUUACCAAGACCAACCGCAUCGCCCGGAUCUUCAACCAGUGUCCUGGAGCGGGACCAAAGAAGACGAGGUACACGUCCCCCGGGUCCCAGCUGGUCAUCACGGCACUCCUCACGUCAGUGGAGGCCCUCAUCAACCUGGCGUGGCUGACGUACGAGCCGGCCCGGGUGCGUGACCACUUCCCCAGCAGAGACGUGCGGCAGCGCAUCUGCGUGGGCCUCGACAACUACUCGUACCUCGUGGGGCUCAUCUACCCUCUCGUCCUCAUCGGCCUGUGCGUCGUAUACGCCGUCAAGACGCGCAAGUGCCCGGGAGGCUUCAACGAGACGCGGCACAUCGCCUUCACCACCUACACCGUCACCAUCAUCUGGUUGGCGUUCGUGCCGCUGUACCUCGCGUCCACCUCCACGGCGCUCCGGACCGUCACGCUCGCCAUGUCGCUGUCCCUCAGCGGGCUGGUGCAGCUGGGCUGCCUGUUCUGUCCAAAGGUGUACAUCGUGAUACUCAAGCCGGAGAAGAACACCAAGGAGGUGGUGAUGAUGAGCACGUGCCACCGCACCCUCGGGUCGACGGGCACGCUGCCCGCUCACCACCUCACCACCAACCCGGCGGCUGCGCUCGUCAAGGCGCGGCUCGAGGGACGCAGUCCCUGUCCUUCGGAGCUGGGUUCGGACAUGUCCCCAGCGAUGGCCGGAUCACUGGCCGACCACGACGAGGCCUUGUCGCUGUCGCACUAGUGGACCAGCACCAACGCCCCAACAAACACAUGAUCUCAUUAACGUUUUUACCUAGAUAAGGCCAGUGCCACAAAGAAAACGAAUUUAACUCCACUCGCCAGCUUUCUAAAAAUGUAAUAUGCUGUUCUGGAUUUUCUCUAAAUCGGUAUUAAAUGACGGAUUCAAUUAUCAGUAGAUGCUAAGACAUUACAACAAUAUUAUCUAACAUCGUUGCUGCUAAGAAGAAGAGGCUUUAAAAAAUUUACAUGAAAAUUGAUAUGUUGCACACAUUUUUCUAUUAUAGUUCUAGUGUAUCUGGAAUAAUUUUAUGUACAUCACUAGAAAAGGUCCUGUCGUAUUCGUCAAAAGGAAAUUGGGUUUAACCAAUAAAUAAAAUAAAGACUGUUUUUAAGUAUAUAAGGAG